AUGAUUGGAAAUCUCGACGAGUUGCAUCAUACAUAUCUCGUAAAUGGUGAUAUUAUUGAUAAAAAUGUUGAUCGUCAAAUUGAUAGUUCUACUAUUCUUUCAAAUAAUAAUAGUAAUUCAAAUCAAGGUACUGAAAAUGUUGAAUCUGCACAUAUGGAUUCAAAUGACUUUGAUACUUGGCUUGCUGAUUGUAUGUUUCAAAAUACUCAUAAACCCUUUGCUUAUCUUGAUUUAAUUGGUGUUGAUAUGAAUGAUAUUUUUGGUUCAUGGGAUGAACCCAUGGACGUUGAUUUUGAUGCAAGGAAGAAACGGCGUGAGGAGAAUGUAUCAGCAGAUGAAUUAGUCUGUCCAAUUACAUUUGAACGCUUUCAUGAUCCUGUAAUUGCUGGUGAUGGACAUAUUUAUGAACGUGCUGAAAUCAUACAAUGGAUUAGAGAAAAAGGAACAAGUCCAUUAACAAGAGAGCCUCUUCAUCUCAAAGAUAUACGUAGAGAUGAAGCAGUAUGUGAAGCUAUAACUCAUCAUUAUGCAAGUAAACCAUUCAAUUUGAGAAAGCCACUACGACCACUCAGCUCUCAAGAACGAAGAAGACAGCGACGACUAAGACGAACAAGUAAUCCUACUUCAGAUAUUAAUCAUGAACUAUCAAGAAUUUCUACAAUAGAACAAAAUAUUCCAUUACCGACACCUAUUGUACCAAAUCACCGAUUUCUACCAAUACAAUCUUAUAAUCCUAUACCAAGACGUCUCAUCAGAUGGCAUUAUUCAAAUUCAUCAUCAUCAUCAUAA